UACUUCAUUCAUAAAAUGGCAACUAUAAUUAUAUGUUUCCAUUUAUCUCACACGUUUCUAAUGUUUGAAGAGUCUCAUAUUGAGGAGAAAGCACAAGAAAUAAAAGGCAAGGUUGAGGUGAUUGCUGCAAAGGAGAAGAUAAUCAAAGAGAAAUCAAAUAGCGUUACAUCACUGCAGAAUGAAAUUGGUUCUCUACAAAAAAAGGGAUCAUUAGCUGUCAAGGAACAGGUGGGGAAGGCACAUGCACGAGCCGAAGAACUAGAAAAACAUGUGGAGAAACUCAAAACAGUCAUUGAAGUGAUAAAUAAGGAAAAGGAAGUAUUCGAAACCCAAGCAAAGGAAGCCGCAAAGAAGACGGUUGAAUUAGACGCUAAAGUUGAGAAUGUAAGUUAUUUCUUUGUCUACUGUGCCUGAAAAUUGUUUUAUCACCAUAAAUAUGGCCUCAAGUUUCAUUAGUUUUGUCUUUAAGUCACGAACUAGGAAAUAAUGAUGAUAUAUCGCUUGACUAGUCUCUCCUUUUUUGAUUGAUUAUUAUAAUUUGGUGUCUUUGUUUAUUAAAGAUGAAAUAUGAGGAACAUUGUUUGGGCAUAUAUAGUGUAGCCUGUUUUGUGCAUCGGUUAUGAAAACUAAUGGAACUAAUAUUACCUGUAAACCUAGGAAGAGGGCUGCCUAAAAUCGCAUGGAAUGAGGUAAACGGAGAGGUUUUUAAGCAUUGAUAGUUUAGAUCUGAAGAUGUCUGUUGAUAGUGUGACAUUAGACAUGGAGUAAGAUGAUCCAUGUAUCUGGCCCCAUCUGAGGAUGAGAUGGAGUUUUAUUCUUCUGUUUUUAUGGUAUUGACUUUUAGAUGCUUAAUGUUUUUCAUAUUGAAAAGUUAGGGACAUCCUAAUCAUCUCAUGAGCUAGUAUAUGUUGCAAUGCAUAAGCAUAUGAUUAAUGCGGUAUGCAUUAAAACAGAGAGACGUUUCAGCAGCUGAAUUUUGUCAAAAGAUACUAUAAAGUUACAUGACAUAUUGAAAAGCUUAAAUUUCCUUGCAUAUGAUGGUUGCACAGCCAAGUCUAAUUUGUGUAGGACUGA